AUGCGCACUACACAAACUCUCUCCUUUUUCGCCCUCCUCAUUGGGAGCGGCCUUGCCACCCCGGUCCCGGCAUCCGAUGUUACUCUUGCAACCUCGACCAAUUCUUCCACGAAUGCAGCUGCGACAGCCGGCACCGUCCCAAUCCCCCAGGGCUUCACCAAGACGGUAUUCGAGGACAACUUCGCCAAGCAAAAGGCGGGAGCGCAACCGGACGCGUCAAAGUGGUUGAUCGACGUCGGUACCCAGUACGCCGGCGGCGCGGCCAACUGGGGAACCCAGGAGAUCCAAACCUACACCAGCAGCACGACCAACCUGGCCAUCAGCAAUGACGGCGCGCUCAAGAUCACGCCGAUCCGCACUGGAAACGCAUGGACCUCGUCGCGUAUCGAGACAAAGGCCGGCAGUGACGUGCAGUGCCCUGUCGGCGGCAAGCUCCGCGUCGAGGCGAGCCUCAAGAUCCCCGCUACCGACCCGGCCACUCAGCUUGGAAUCUGGCCUGCCUUCUGGAUGCUCGGCUCGGGCUUCCGCACCGACCGCAACUCUUGGCCCAAGGUUGGCGAGAUCGACAUCCUCGAGGUCUCCAACGGUGUCAGCACCGUCUUCCACACCGCGCACUGCGGCAUCAUCAACGGCGGCCCUUGCAACGAGAAGACUGGCCUGGGAGGUAACGCCACGUUCCCUCGCGGCAAGUUCGUAAAGGUCGCCGUCACCAUCGACCGCACCAACAAGGGCGGCAAUUUCCAACAGGAGAAGCUCGAGUGGUCCGUCGAUGGCCAGGUGACCCACAGCCUGACCGGCGCCGAGGUCAAGGACUCUGAUGCGUGGGAGAACCUCGCUCGCACACCAAAAAUGAUCCUGCUCAACAUCGCCAUCGGUGGCGAGUUCCCAGAUGCAAAGGCCAAAGUCACGACCCCUACUGCCCAGACGGUCGGCGGCGACCCCAGCUCCAUGGAGGUCCAGUACGUUGCUGCCUGGACCACUUGA